AUGACAAACAACGAAGACACCGAGCUUCAACGACUAAGACAAGCACUUGAGACAGAAGAUGUGCGCGACAUUAAUGAUGAAGAUGAAGAUGAGAAGGAAAAUCAUCAGCUGAAGUUCUAUGACUCGGUUAAACAGAAGGUUGAUCAGAUCAAUUCAACCAACUACCAACUACCAGGGUACAGCCAGGGUCAAGGCCAUGGUCAUGGUCAAGGUCAUGAUCAUGAUCAUCGCCUUGGUGGCCAUGGUCAUGGUCGUGAUGGUCGUUCUGACGAUGAUGAUCGUUCUGACAGUUUGACACUGUUACCUCCACUAUUUGACCGGUCAGUCCUGAGAUCGAUUCCAUCCCUCCCAUCUACUCCUUCUAAUCAACCCACUACAGCCGUUAGAGACACCAAUUUCCUAUUGAAGCGUAUGGAGUCCCAACAAGCGGAGAUUGCUAGGUUACAAGCACAAUUAACCAGUCAAACGCACGAAACUCGUUUGGCUGAAGAGUCCAACCGCAAGCUUCAAAUGGCCGUAGACCAAUUGAUUGACACACGGCAAAAGGAACUUAAACGGUGGGAGUUGGCUGAAAAGGUUCAUUUGGAUCAGAAACUACAACUAGAAACUCAAUUAGAAACCCUUCAACAGUCACAAGCCCUGGAAGUACGUCGACUAGAAGCAGAGGCAUUGAAGCUGGCGCAAGCUCUUGUGGAAACAGAAAGAAAUGCAGACACUUUGAAGCUACAACUAUUGUACUACCGUAAACAGAUUCAACAAUUAGAGGAUCAAAAUGAACGGCAUGUUUUCAUCAACAACUACAUCAAAGAGUUCUUCCAGGAUGAGUACAGCAAAUAUCGUUCGUAUUUGAUGCAACUUAACGGGAUCAUUGAAUCCCGAGAUAAUGAUAAUGACAACAAACAUUGCCGUAAUGACGGUGAUACAACCAAACUUAUUAAUGGGACAUUAUUUCAAGAACCUACUGGUGAAAUAUUGAAUCCGUUUUCUGUUGAUAAAAUGAUGGCUGAAGAGUCCAGUCCCGUGCGGUCUUUCGGGUUCAAUGUCCCUAGUAAAGCCCUGGAGUCUUUUUGCCACACUAGAUUAGUAGAUCCGGCAUUUGUAUCGUAUCCGUUAUCGGCCAUUUUGAAGGAUCUUCCUACCCCUUUGAAGGACCUUUUGGUCUUGAAAGAAGAUGACCCCAACAUCAACAAUAAGACUAAUAUGAAUACCACCAUAUUGCUUUAUGAUUCUGACUCGAGACGGGGCAAAAUCCUGGUCCAUCUUUGUCAAACUGUAAGAAAGUUUUCCAGUGUCAACGCCAAAUUGUUUGUGCUUGAUGGCGGUUUCCAACAAGUGCCAUCCUCCAAUAUUGAAUACUGGUCUCUGUCGUCGUUGGAACAGAUGGGCGGACCUUUAUCUUCGAAUAGUCAACAUUCAUCGGCGUAUACGUUAUCACCGACUGGUUCCUUGACUCUUUCAAGUGCCAUCACCACUCCGGGAACAGCAGUUUCGCUCUCGUCAUUAUCGUUGCCUAUUGGUAAGGCAGCCUCUACAGGUUCAACUUUACAUCCUCCAUCGUCCUUAGCAACGUUAUCGACAUCGCCUUCAUCAUCUUGUUCUUUUCCCCUGCCUUCCGUCAGAACAACGGUAAUCCCCAACUCCUACAGCCAGCCAAACUCCAGCUACUUGACGAGCUUUACCUUGCCCUCGGCAAACACUCCCUCCAAACAAAAGUUUUUGAAAUCACUAAAGACAAACAUCUUGCCCAAGUUGGACAUGAGCUCUAUCCGUGAUAACAAGACCGUGAUCAAGUCGUUGAAGGUCCCCUCAUCGUUAUCCGCAGACCAAUUACCUCCUUGGUUGAGGUUUGUUACACAACGAACUCCAGAACAAGUGCUGAAGGUAUUAACAGAUAAGUUUGCCAAAAUAGAGAAGAUUCAGCAGUUACGGCUUGCCGCUGCCAUCUCCAACUCAAGUUCCAACAUAAGUCCUCCUCAAAUAGACCAUUCUGCUUGCUCUCCUCUGGAUUUUUGUCCUGGGUGUGAUGGGAUCACUUACAAGUUACCCUCAGGCAUAGAGGACUGCUUGAAGAAUCGAUACCACGAUGUGUGGCCCUUUGAACACUCCCGAGUCAAGCUCAAAAGCGGAGAUAACGACUAUUUCAAUGGGAAUUAUAUUCUUGAUAAGUACAUUGCUACCCAGAACCCAUUAGUCAAUACGUAUGGUGAUUUCUGGCAACUGGUAUGGGAGAAUAACGUGUGUUGCAUAAUCUCAUUGAACGGGAACUCCAAAAACCAAGGGGAUAUGUUCUCCCAUCGGAGAUCAUCAUCAAUGGGGAACAAUUUGAGUAAUAGUUUGGAGUACUUCGAAGACCAAUCUUUAGGUCUGUUUAAGAUUCAAGGUGUCUCCAAACAAACUUACCAUGCCUUCAAUUUAAAGGAACUAGAAUUAUCAUGUGUUGAUGAAGAUAAGCCUCCAAGGAAGGUUUAUAGACUUGAAUUUGAACAAUGGCCUGAUUUCGGAGUACCUACGGAUUUCAAGUCAUUCAUUGAGUUUAUUGAAUUUAAGAAUACCUUAUUGAAAGAUACGCCGGUGAACGGUGAGUCUCGGCUUUUGAUUCAUUGUUCUGCGGGGUGCGGACGUACUGGGGUUUUUAUAACUUUGGAUCUGCUACUUGAAAAAUAUACUAAUGGCGAUAGACAAGUUGUCCAAUUGGAACAGGAUCAAAUAUAUCGGUUGAUACAACAGCAAAGAUCUCAGAGAGUGAAUAUGGUACAGAAUAUUGAUCAAUAUUUUGUGUGCUAUGAAUUAUUGCUCUACUAUAUUAAGAAUAACGGGGAAAAAUAA